CAACGAAGAAGAAGCUUGGCUGUGAUUGGUUCAUUGGGUAGCAUGGCGUUUGAAUGAAAGCAGGAAGAGCUGUAACAGCAAAGGAAAGAGGUUAUCGCUAUUUAGCGACUCUAGUGAGUUCUGUUACCCUCUAAACCUGUCAUUUCUAGUCUUAUAUAUUCUCAGAGUAUGUCUUAGAAGUCACAGAAGGUCUGUCCGGUGAGGCAGCUACAGUCUGAUGAGGGGGGAACCACAGCUGGGAGGAUGCAGCAGAAAGGGAACAUCCAAAUCAUCGAGUGGGAGGACCUCGAUAAAAAGAAAUUCUACUCUUUUGGGAUAUUUAUGACAAUGGCCAUUCGGGUCACUGUCUACCCAGCUACACUGAUCCGCACACGGUUGCAGGUGCAGAAGGGAAAAUCUCUCUACGGCGGGACCUUCGAUGCCUUCUUCAAGAUCCUUCGGACUGAGGGCGUCCGAGGCCUGUACCGCGGCUUUAUGGUGAACACCUUCACAGUCGUCUCAGGCCAGGCGUACAUAACCACCUACGAGCUGGUGAGGAAGUAUGUCUCCCAGUACUCUGAGGCCAAUACCGUCAAGUCGGUGGUGGCUGGGGGCUCUGCCUCCCUGGUCGCUCAAAGCAUCACUGUGCCCAUAGAUGUUGUGUCCCAGCAGCUGAUGAUGCAGGGCCAGGGGGAGCACCUCACACGUUUCCGCCUCGGUUCCAACUCGGAGAACAGGAAGUCGGCCAGGUUUUUCGGGCAAACCAGGAACAUUGUGUCUCAGAUUUUUGCUGCGGAUGGCUUCAGGGGUUUCUACAAGGGAUAUGUGGCUUCAUUACUCACUUACAUCCCAAACAGUGCCGCCUGGUGGCCUUUCUAUCACUUUUAUGCCGAGCAACUCUCCAUACUGGCUCCCAGUGACUGCCCCCACCUGGUCCUUCAGGCCGUGGCUGGACCUUUAGCUGCUGCAACUGCCUCGACUGUCACCAACCCCAUGGAUGUGGUCAGAGCCAGAGUACAGGUUGAAGGGAGGACCUCGAUCAUUCAAACGUUCAGGGAGCUGAUCAGAGAGGAGGGCUGCUGGGGACUGACCAAAGGACUGUCAGCCCGCAUCAUUUCAUCAGCACCCACUGCCAUCGUCAUGGUGGUUGGCUAUGAGACACUGAAAAAACUGAGCCUGCGACCAGAGCUGGUAGAUUCAAGACACUGGUAAAAAAAAAAAAAAAAAAAAAAAAAAGGGGGAAAAAAAAUUUGGGCCAUGGGCCCUUUUUUUAACCCCCAUGUUGACUUCCUGAAUUUGUUUCAAGAAGAAAACGAUGUCAGAACGUUAUAGCGUUGAUGAUGUUAUGAGUUAGUUACCUGUAAAGACGAAGGGUUCAGUUUGUGAUGCAGCUGAACAAGUUUGUUUCCGUUUGACGUCAACACCAUGACGGCAGUAGAAAAACAUAUUUUUAUGUUCAGCCCUCAUCAACGAGAUGAACUGAUCUUUGUGUGACUAUUCUCUUGUUUGUGUUGUCCUCCUGAAGCAAAGAGCUGAUUUUCACUAAAGUUCAGCUCAGAAAGUCAAACUACCGACUGCAGCAACUAACUUUUUCUUUGUUUUUUGCCAAACUGUUUUUUAAUUGCCUCUUUUUAAAAGGCAAUUAAAUUAAUCUUUGUUUUUAUUUCAUCUCUGUUGCAUAUACAAGUACACUAUUUUAUGAGUAUUUUUCAGGAAUAUUAUCCUGAUGUUGAUCAUUCUGGGUUUAUAAUUUCUGUCUUUAUUGUACAGGAAGGUUUGUGUCAUUGAAAUCUUUUGCUUGUUAAAACUGUCCAAGCAACUCUGAGUGAACACCAUUACCCUUUUGUGAAAUAUUUGAGUGCAAUAACGUUUUGUCCUUUUCAGUACAAAAUGUGUGGAUUGACAUAUCUUAGAGGAACUAAUUUUACCCAAUUUAUUUUCAUUUUGGGGUGAUAACCACAGAGCUUUUAAUGUCAAUGUCAUUUUGCUGUAUUUUGCUUCUUAUUUUGUGAAACUAUUGUGGUUCAAUGCUGUUUAUGCAGUUUCCUGCUCUUGUAUGAAUGUCCUCAUUGAGGAAAAAUUUGUUGCAGUUUAGAAGAGAGAUUAUAUUUUAAAUGGUCCAUUUAAUUUGUAGAAAUGAUCCUAUUUUUAUGCGUAACAUAAAUUAGAUGCUGUUGAAAAGGAGUGAGAGUAAGAGCAGGUUUUAGUGUGACUGGCAGACUGUUGCAGAAACUUUUUUUAAUUGAAGCCAGAACUGCACAGGCUUUAUUUCUUUAUAUCCAGACUUGUUGAGAUUCUGUGAACUACUGAGAAGAUGGUACUGCAACUUGCCGAUCUCCAGUCAAAUGAUACUAACUUUCAAUUUUGAGUGUUUUGUUUUGUUUUUGCACAGCUCCCAGUAUCACUGAAAGUGUUUUUCAUUUUUUGUGAUUGACCAACUGUUGUUGAUGCCUCUCUGCUCUAAAAUACAUGUGGUUUUAAACAACA